UAUAUAUGUGACGGACAAGCAUGGGCGCCUGUGUAGCUGCACGUCAGGUUCUACGGUGGAGUGUGAGAAGUGCCACCUCCUCAGCUCUUUUUAGUCCUCUUCGGUUUGGAUGCUGCCACGUCCAGCCACUGUGCAUCAGUCGCAGAUUGUUGUGUUCCUCAGGCAGUGAUUGCAUCCUGCAGUCAAAUCACCAUGGAGUCACUGAUUUGUCGGGAAAGCAUGCCGCAGAGCUGUCUCUACGCUCUUUAGUUAACAUGGGAUUUACGGACUCCCAGGCAGAACAGAUAUAUGAGACUGUGUCCAAAGCUAAGGGGGCGAGUUCUGCAAAACAUGCCCUGUCUGCCUUAUCCUCUCUGUUCGCCUUGGGGUUAAACGCCUCCACUGUGGGGAAGCUGCUGGAGAAAUGCCCUCAACUUUACACGAUCAAGGAAUCACAGUUUCAGCAGCGUAUUGGCAAUUUGCGGAGGCAAGGUUUGGGUGAAGGAAGCCUUCAGAGAGUGGUGUCCCAUUACCCGCAGAUCCUGGUGGUGCCUAUGAAGAAAAUAAACAAUGUGGGCAUGUUCCUCAGAGAGAAGUGCCUUUUUACUGUCCAGCAAGUGACAGAGAUCCUAAGAGACAGUCCAGCCAUUAUAGAGGAAGACCUGGGUGAACUGGAGUACAAAUUUCAGUACGUCUACUUUCGAAUGGGUGUCAAACAGGCAGAGAUGGUUAAGUCCAAGUUGUUUCGCUUCACUCUGAAUGAAGUGCGCUCUCGACACUGUUUUCUGGAGCGCCGGGGACUGUAUCAAACACCUGACAAGAAAGGACAGACGCUUAUCGUGAACCCCAAACUGAACAGCAUCCUCACUGUGGAUCAGGACACAUUUCUUGCUCAGGUUGCCAAGGCAUCAGCAGAAGAGUAUGAUGUUUUUCAGAGACUGAUGGCAAGAGAAUGGCAGGCAGAGGAGCAUCAGGAGAAUUUUGAAGCUGUUAGUGAUGAUGAUGAAGAAGAGAAAGAUGAAGAGAAUGAAGGCAAGAAGGCAUACAUGAGGAGAAAGAAGAAAUGAGAUUGAGGAUUGAGACCAUUUAAAACUGAAAAAGAAAUAUGUGUAAAUUAUAUAUCUGCUGGAUGAAUUAAAUGUUUAAUUUUAUGAGGUGUAUUUCAGAUGGAGAGAACUGUUAUCUAAAACACACAUGGAAACCAAACGUUGGUUAUUAUUACCUGGCUGUUUCAUUUAUAUAAAAAAAAUAGACCAUGAUACACCUGCUGGUUUGAGGUUGGUUUCUGUGUUUAUUCAAGUAUCGUCACUGAAACGUCACAUGCAGUGAUGUUAGUGUAGAUUUGCAAAAUCAAUAAGGUUUAAAGUGAGAAAUAAAUCCUGUGUAUUGUGUUAACCAAAUUAAAACAUUUUUGACAUUCCUUUAUUGAUAUCCCUUCAUUUGUAAGUCAUAGCUACUACAUCGGUUUGACAGUCAUGAUGAUUUGUGGAGUGAAAUUAAAAAGGAAAUGUGAAAUAUGUUUGAUCUAAUUUGUUUUAAAAAGUCACUCCUAAAAUUAGAUUAUGUUGAAAAGAAUUCAGGGAAAUAUAGAAAAGCAAA